AUGGCCUGUUCGGAAGUUACUGGUGUUUACCGAAUUCUACCAUUCUACUAUGUCCAUGUACUCGAUCAAAAUACAAACGUUACUCAUCUUGAAGUUGGCCCACAGACAUUUGUUAAACAAGAUCAUGAAAAAGUUCUAAUUGGACCAGAACGCAUGUUAAUUAUUCCCCCUCGUCACUAUUGUGUUAUUGAAAACCCAGUUGUACGCGGCAAUGACAGUGAAAUUGUUAUUGAUGCGAAUGGUCAAGUCAAAUUGUUUCAUUCGGAUAUUGAAAUUCGAUUUUCUCAAGAUCCAUUUCCGCUCUAUCCUGGUGAAGUACUCAGAAAAGCUGUCAGCCCACUUCAAGUAGUCGAGCCCAAUAGAGCUCUUCGUCUACGUGCUGUACUUGAUUUUGUUGAUGACAAUGGCCAAGAAGUUCACGCUGGUGAAGAAUUUCUCUUUGAGGGACCAGGAACCUAUUUCCCACGCAAAGAAGUUCAUGUUGAUAGGGAAAUUCAAGCUAAUAUUUUGAAACCGAAUGAAGCGAUUCGUCUGCGUGCUAAAAAGAAAAUGAUUGACAGAAACGGUAUUGAGCGUGAAGCAGGUGAAGAAUGGCUCAUUCAAAUGGUUGGUUCUUAUUUACCAUCGGCUUACGAAGAAGUUGUUUCGAUUGUCAAGGCCUACGUGUUAACCGACAAAAAAGCUCUUCACAUUCGUGCUUUACGAACAUUUGUUGAUAUAUUCAAACGUAAACGUCUUCAUGGUGAAGAAUGGUUGGUAUAUGCUAACGAUGCUGAAACAUAUAUACCCGAUGUUUAUGAAGAGGUGGUUGAUAUUGUUCCGGUUACCGUACUUCAUUCUCUCCAAUAUUGUAUCAUUAUUGAUCCAGUCGGCUCAAACGGUAAACCUCAGCUAGGAAAGAAAAAACUUGUUAAAGGUGAAGCGAUCUUUUUUCUGCAGCCAGGUGAGAAGUUUGCCAACGGUAUUCAGGAUGUGUAUGUACUUGAAGAAGACGAAGGUCUUAUUCUUCGAUGUAUCGAAGCAUUUAGCGAAGAGAAAAAUGUAAUACACAAUCCAGGUGAUCUUUGGAUGAUUCGAGGUCCUAGAGAUUAUAUUCCGGCUAUCGAAGUUGAGGUUGUAAAUCGACGAAAAUCUAUUCCAUUGGAUGUAAACGAAGGUAUAUAUGUACGUAAUGUCAAGAUGGGCAAAAUUCGUUCAAUUAUCGGUAGUACCUAUCUACUUACCGAAAAUGAAGAACUCUGGGAAAAAGAAUUACCAACUGAAGUCGAACAAUUACUUGCACUUGAUGUUCGCCACUUUAAAAACCAAUCAGCAGUAAUCGCUGUGCUUCCACCUCGAGACAAAUCAAAAGUAAUCACUUAUCGUGUACCACAUAAUGCAUGUGUACAAAUUUAUGAUUAUAAAUCUAAAAACGCUCGUAUCAUUUUCGGGCCUGAACUUGUUAUGCUUGGUCCUGAUGAGCAAUUUACAAUUCUUAACCUAUCCGUACCUGAUUUUGUUGGAGACUUUUGCAAGACUGUCGCAGCAAAAAUUCGUGGUGCUGUUGCUGGUAUUUCAUUUGACGAUUUUCAUAAAAAUUCGGCCAAAAUUAUCCGUACGUCCGUUUUUGGUAUUGAUGAAAACAAGCGAAUUAAUAAUCGACUUGUCUUCACACAAAAUAAUCUUGUUCUCACUUCAAUCGAUAUUCAAAGCGUUAAACCGGUCGAUCAAAGAACACAAGAUGCUCUUCAGAAGAGCGUUCAACUAGCUAUUGAAAUAACGACUAACUCACAAGAAGCUCAAGCCAAGCAUAUGGCUUCACGAAUUCAACAAGAAGCCAAAGGUUAUCUGGAACGACAAAGGAUCACCGAUGAAGCUGAAGCCGAAAAGGAACGUCAGGAGCUGUUGGUGCUUCAAGCACGUUCGGCAGCUGUAGAAUUGGUUGGCCAAUCGCAUGCUGAAGCUAAGUCGCGUGCAGAAGCAGCGAUAAUCGAGGGAGACGCAGCUGUCGAACAAGCUACUCUUCGAGCUGAAGCAGGGAAGAUUAAAUCUGAUACUGAACUCGAUCGCUUGAUGCAAACACGUGAACUCGAAUUGGCACAUGAUAAAUUAACAUCUGAACUUGAAAUUGAAAAAACGAAACGAAUUACUAAUAUUGAAAUCGAAGAAUUCAAGGAGCAUGUGGCUGCUAUAGGAUCUCAAACAAUUCAAGCUAUUGCCACUAGUGGACCUGACAAUCAAGUUAAACUUCUUCAAGCUCUCGGCAUUAAGUCAACAUUAAUUACUGAUGGUCACAGUCCGAUCAAUCUUUUCAAUACAGCAGUUGAUCUCAUUGGUGGAUCAUCGAAUUCUCAUCAGGGGACAUUUCCCAUGAAGACCAAUUAA